AUGGACCGCGAAUCCAGUCCCGUACAAUUGGCUUUGUUCCGUUACACGAUUGGUCCGGCUGCUCUGCGUGUCAUGAAUGGAUUCACUUACAGUCCGAAUGAGGACCGUGGAGAUUGGCAGGUGUCACUGGCCCGGUCGUGCAAUUUCCGUGCCUGCCUGGAAGAGAAUCUAAUAAGGGGUCGAAUUGUCGUUGGCCUACGGGAUUCUGCUGCGGUGAAGCGCCUCCUAAAACUUCCAAAGCUGACAUUGAAACAAUGCAUUGAUAUUUGUUGGGGUGAAGAGGCAGCAGAGAAGCAUAUAAAGACGCCUACCACAAAAGAGGAUUAUGGAUUGUGCAAAGUUGCCGCUGAAAAUCGAACACAUCUAACAGCUCCUUGUCGUUUCUGUGGCCGCAUACAUCUUGUGGGAAGAAUCAACUGCCCUGCUUGGGGGAAAAACGCGUGA